UCCAAUGAGUCGGAAGAGCGCGAAGACACAUGACGUAAAUGUCAUAUAAAAAAUAUGGCAGUGCAGAACGAAAUAUUUAUAAACUAAGGUUAAACAACAUAUAGAUAGCUAAAGACGGCUACUACAAUUGGCUAGUAGCAUUUAGGUUUACUUUUCACAAUAACAAUAUGUCACUAAAUCUGAGCUCCGUUUCACAAAAAAGGACUCUCGAAAGCAUCCUUGCUGGUCGUGUGACAAAGAGGCCAAAGGUGGAGGAUACCAAGGAGCUCCAAGAGGCAGCAAUCCAACUGUUGUACCGACACCAGAACAUCUCAGGCCUGCUCUCGGAAGUCGUGAUUCAACGGCCUUCCGCAGACACGUGUGUGGAAAAAGCGCAGCAGAAACAGACUGUCUCAGAGUUUCUUCCCUCAGCUCUUACUGGAUCACUUCUAUUGCCUGUGUUGAAGCGGCAGGCAGACAAGCUUGGCGUGUCGGUGGUCGCUCUUUCUGUCAGGACUGUCCUGAAGAGACUGAGAAUGACCUGUAAUGAUGACGAUGAUUAUGAAGCUAAAGAGGGCAAUGGGGUCAAGAGAGUUCUGCUCACCUCUUGUCAGCGAGUUCAGCUGUGUUCGGUGCUGCUCUCAGCCAGAGAGCUGCUAUCUCUCGGAGCAUUCUGCCCCAAGCUCUUUUGGCAGGAGUACACAAAGCAUCGGACACAGUACAAGCUAGAGGUUGCACACCACCUUUACGCUCAGGACAUCCUGAGCAUCAAAUACAUUUUAGAGAGCGAUGCAGAAGCAAGGGUGUGGAUGGUGGCUGGGUUAAAGGCUCUCUGUAGUAGGACAUCUCCGCAGGCGCAGCAGGAAGAGGUGCAGGUGGAAGAGGAGAGAGACAUUCAGCAGGCAGUUCUUUCGUCGGUGGUGGGGGUCCUGGUGGGGAGUGGCUUUGAGGAGAACAAGGGCCCGGCGGGACCCAGCAGGAGGACCUCAGUCACCUGCUGCUCUAUACUGGACCACAUGCUCUGUUGGCUCCUAGACAGCUUGGAUAUGUUGCAAGGCCAGCCAUGCGGUGAGGCAGCACUGGAGAAUUGGGUCCAGCUGCUGGAUGCGUCUCUUUGUGGCACCUCAGCGUCGCCAGAAGCCCUGCGCCGCUUCUUCAUGCACAGCCUCACACAGACAUUCACCUACAAACCUCGCCUUAAAGUGUCCGAUGCCAUCGCCAUGCAGAACGAGUGGAGCUUUGCUAAAACCAGCAGGUUGCUGACUGUCCUGUUUCGUAAGCUGGCCAUAGUCUUCAGUGUGGAGGACUUGCUCAUUCAGCUGCAGCAGGUGUUGGAGACUCACGAAGUAAACUGGCAGAACGUCCUCAGCUUCUUGUCCACCCUGCUGGUCUUCAACCCCAAUGCCCAGCCCUGCCUCAGAGAAAUGCUGGGCAAGUUGCUGGCUUCAGCAUUUGAAAGCUAUGAUCUAGAAAACAUGAUCACAGCCUUCUUGCUGGCUCGCCAGGGGGCCCUGGAGGGCCCCAGCUUCUUCCCCUCCUACAGCGAAUGGUUCAAGCUAUCUUUUGGUGGACAUAGCAGUUACCAUGGGAGCAGCAAGAAAUCUUUGGUGUUCCUGCUGAAGUUCCUGUCCGAUCUGGUGCCCUUUGACCCCCCUCAGUACCUCAAGGUUCACCUGCUGCAUCCCCCCUACACAGCAGUGAAACACCGCAGCCUGCUGCAGGAGUACGUCUCCCUCGCUAAGACAAGGCUGGCCGACCUCAAGGUGUCAGUGGAGGACAUGAGUAUGUACGAAGAUGUUUCUGGGGCCACUGGAGAACCGGGGAAGCACCAGUGUCAAGCCUUACAGGAUGUGGAGAGGGCAUUGUCUCUGUUUACAACCACAGGAAGAAUCUCUGCCACAGUAAUGGAGGCCAGUAUAUUCCGGAGGCCGUAUUUCCUCAACCGGUUUCUCCCAGCCCUGCUGACGCCACGUGUGCUUCCUUUGAAGGCUGACCUUAAGAUGACUUUCAUAGAUGCCCUAAAAAAAACUGAGAAGAUCCCUGCCGGCCAGUACUCUUCCUAUGUUGAGGCAUGUCAGAGGCAGAGACAGCAGAACAAGAAAGGGACAUCAUGUAUAGAGAAAUAUGACGGUGAUGAUAGUGAUCCUCUGGAGGGGUUGAAUGUUCAACUGAAAGCGUUUAGGAGGCUGGUGAGAGUGGGUGAAGAUGGAGAGUUCUCUGCACAGCUGGCCAGGAUCUCUCACACCCUGGGCGUUAUCUUCCCAGACCGGGCCAGCGGCACGGACGAACAGCGGGUCAUCAAGCUUCACGUAGAUGAGCCUCUGACGUGCAAGCUGCAUGUCAAAGUGGUCGACAGUAUCCUGAGAACCUUCUGCCAGUGUCUUUUAGAUGCAUCUAGUCCACCCAAUAGACAAAGUCAGUGGGCAGCCCAGUAUGUCGAUGUCCUGCUUGGUCACACAGAGCUAGUCUCUGUCCUGAUGCACAGACUCUGGGACCUGUUUCAUAACCAGGGGUCAUCGCUGACCACUUCCCAUUUACUGGGUCUUGCUGCUAUUGUAGUCCACCUCCAUGCUUCUCGCACCCAUAGUCCUCUGUUGCAGAUGAUGCCCAUUGUGGUGUUCCGGCCAGACCCGCUCACAGAGGCCCUGAGCAACGCCUUGCUCUGCAACACACAGGACAACAUGCUCUUCUGUGUCAGGACCUCCGUGGCCGCUGUGUGCUAUGGUAUCUGCAGAAGCAACCUACUACCGCUACAAGAGCUGCAGGACUAUAUACCCACAGGCCUUGUAAAGAAGCUCCUGUACCUCGUCCCGAGAUUGUUGCCUGAAGCUCGCAGGGCCCCACUGAGUGCCCCCUCCCCUGAGACCCUCAGGGAGCCCCCUCCGGUUGACGGGGGGCAGGAGUGGGACCCCAGGUGUUGGGGAGGCACCGCUGGCACCUGCGUGGCCACAUGGAGGAAUUCUGCCUUGCAGCUUUGGAGGAACCCCACCUUCGGCCAACUGGCACAGCUACCGCAAUACAGGUUGUCUUUGUCGGAGUGGCUGGCGGCUGAACUAAGAGUACAGCGAAAUGAAGAUUUCUUAUCUGACCAAGAUAGGCAGGAGUACCAGCGGUGGGCCUGCAUGGAGUGCUACCUCUCUGGUCCUGUGGAGCAGGGGGGCUGCGGAGGGGACAUGAGAGCUCUGUGCACCCUCAUACUCAACGCCAUCAUGGACCAGCAAGAAGGGUCCCCUCAGGACCUCCUCUCCAACAGAAGCCUGGGGAGAAGUAGCCCAAGACUUCAAGAUACAGGCACAUGUCUACCAGACAUCCUAUCUAGAUUACAGGAGUUGGUUUAUGAGAUGCAACUGAGCGGUCAUAGAGGCAAGGAGGAGGUACGUCAGCUCCUCUUUGAGCUGCUCUCCGUGAGGUGCUCCUCCUCUGACUCACAGGGCAUCGGCAGAGAGCUACGCCUGCAGCAAACAUUACACGCAUGGAAUAGAGUUCUCCUAGCCCUCCCAGCGGAGUUGUUGGUUGUUGCAGUGAGGAACGCAGACCAGAGAUGGACUCUGAACUUCCACAGUUGCAUAGAGCAUGUCAACCAGUAUCAGAGGAGGCUGUGCUCUCCGGCUGCAGUGCUGCCCUACCAUGUCACGUCACACCUUCUGAGGGGUAUGCUGAGCGCCAGUGCGCGGUGUGCCAGCUCCUCCACGGAGGUCAACAGGGCGUGGUCUGGGGUCCCCCUGCGCUGUCCUCUGCUUCUCGUCUCCACCGUGCACUGGUGGGGUCGACUGUCACCUAUGCUGACAUCUGUGUGGCAGCGUCUCCGUGAUGAAGACCCGCUGCCAGAGCUGCUGAAGACCAUCCCUGACUGUCUGCACUGGGCCCUUGUCUCACAGCAGGCGGCGCUGUCUCCACUGCCUGAAGCUCCAGCUCUGCUGUUGGCUGCCAGUCUGCACCUCGCCAGGGGAGGCCAGGGGGGUCUGCAAGGGAAGAAGGGGCAGGCUUUCAGGGAAACGUUGGAAACACUAGUGCAAACGAAGGACAAGCACUGCACACAGGUGUUGGUCUUUCUACUUUUCCUCUGUGUGACCGACACUCUGGCAACAGUUCUCUACCCCGAGGAGUCCGGCAGGCUGGGGUCCAGGGAGAUGUGCACCGACCUCCUGGCGGUGCUCGUGGACUCUCAGGACUGGCAUCUUAUAUUCAAGAUUCAGCCAGCCGAUCAAGGUCCUUACCAGGCUGUUACCAUGGCAACGCUGGAUGAGUACACACGACUGAGGUCAUUUGCAUUCUACAGCGUGCUGCUGGAGCAGAGCCCUGAGCUGCUGAAGAGGGCCGUCUUGUGUCCGGGUUUCCUCCACACUGCCGCCCUCUGCUAUGCCUACCUGUUUAAACUCUUCCUGGAUGGACACGCACCCAAUCUACUGGCUGAGCCCCAUAUCAAUCAGAUGGAGCCUUCGCAGAUCUUGGACCAAGCCCGGCAGUUUUUAUUGAGGACCAUAUCCCAGACCCGCCCAACUGCUCUCUCCUCCUCCCAAUAUAGCCAGCUGGAGUCCCUGUGUGCGGAGCUGGACCCGGAGGUGGCUGCAGCCCUCUCCACACACCUCGGCCCCGCCGGGCUCAGCCAAGAGAUGGACUUCCUGCUCUGACUCACUGGGAGGACCUUUGACCCGUGAGGCCGACAAGAAACCUCCCACCCCAUCUUCAAUUCACACUUUGGUGUUCUUGGACGUGGUGUUUUGGGGGAUGUCAUUUUGGCGUAGUUUUAACGAUGUAGUUUCAGUGCUUAUAUUUAUGGUCUUAGAAACAGACUGCUGCUCGAACAUACAUCAGUAACCCCUCUAAACAUCAGGCAGCCCAUGAACCACACACACAUGACUUAUAAAGUCUGUAUUAUACAUUUGCAUCUGCCAUUGCACGGUUUACAUUAUAUAGUUGAAAUCAUUUGUUUUAUUCCUCAGAAUAACUCAAUAAAACCAUCUUACGCAA